AUGGCACUCAUGGUGGACGUUCUUCACUCUCUAGUUGUUGCUCAACUGAUGUAUUUUCAAGCUGAAUCCAGUGGCGAACAACACUUCGGAACAACAGCUGGAUUCAACACGCGCGGUGGACGUAGAGAACAGCGUCUUCUAAAUCGAUUGGCCCACAGAGUUAACUUCCGAGCCAUCCAACUGGACGUCAGAAAGAAAUGGACGCCGGGAACGGGGGCGUGGUUUCUCCAGAGCCGCCUGUACAAAGAAUGGAAGGGAAGUAGGAGCGGCGUGCUCUGGGGAACGGGAAUUCCUGGCGCUGGAAAGACUCUGCUUGCUUCAAAUGUGGCCAAUGACCUCCUACAGCUAGAGGAGGAAGCGAAGGGGAGGGUCGCCGUCAUCGUCAUCUAUUGUCGAUACACCGAGUCUUUAUCUGUCAAAGAGAUUCUGGAAGCAACCCUCAAGCAGUAUCUGGAGCGUCACCCUUUCCUCGUCGACCUUAUCGAACCUCUCUACGCGCGUCACGACCGCGAGAAAACAACGCCCACGGAGGAGGAGCUCGUCGAUUUGCUGCGGUUCAUCGAGUCGCAGUUCGAGAGAUGCUACUAUGUCAUUGAUGGGGUUGACGAGGCCAACGUCACCACCCAGUUCGACCUCAUCGACACUCUCAACCAAUUGCAGGGAAACUUCUUCCUGUGUUCCCGCCCACUGGACUCCCUGAGCUCGGAACUCGUAGGUUCGGUCUUCUUUGAAGUCAGCGCUCAGAUGCAGGACCUUGAGCUGCUUGUCUGCGAGAAACUGAAACGGAACUCUGUUCUCAGUCAUCUUGCCAAGGACCACGAGUUUCUACAACGACUGGUCAAGCAGAUCGCGGAAAAGGCUGGGGGAAUGUUCCUACACGCCGCUCUUCAAGCCAAUCUCAUCCCGGAAUGCGUCACCUUACAGAGUCUGCAGGAGCGGCUGGAUCAAUUUCCGACUGAGCUCGAGGAUAUGUAUCGAGCCGCCCUCGAGCGCAUCGAACGCCAGCCACCCCAGGCCGUCACCCUUGCGAAGCAUGUGCUCCUCUGGCUAGUAUACGGCGAGGAAGCGCUAUCCAUGUCAGAUCUCCGUCAUGCUGUUUCUGCGUCGGGUGGGAUUUCACUGGGAGAGGAGACCGGCCCGUUAGAGAUGGAGAGCUUCAAAUCGGCGUUGUCAUCCUUGUUUUGUGGCUUGGUUGUAGUUGACACCGCGACCAACCUAGUCCGCCUCGUUCAUUUUACCGCAAAGGACGCCUUGGCCCCCCUCCUAAUUCGACACUUCCCCAAUCCGCACUACACACUCUUCAAAGUGGCAGCCGACAGACUAAUCGCACACAACGUCACGAACGAGGCUGAUCUGGCUACUCAACAGGACUUGGACAGGCUUCUUGCCGGAAGUCCCGUUCUGCGCUAUUCAUACGACCAUUGGGCCUCCCAUGCACGACAAUGUACAUCGGCUCCUGAAGCUUCUGAAUCGGUUCUACGGUUCAUUGAGCAAUGUACCCACUACCCUUGCAACCUCGACCCCGACCCUGAUUACGACGACAAAUUGGACUUCUUACUCCCUAUACACGUUGUUGCACGCUUCGGAAUCCCUAUCCUCGAUAAACUCAUCGCCACCACCAGUGUAGAUCGCAAUCAGGCCACCGCAGGUGAAUUUGGUGCGACACCGGUGAUGCUAGCCGCUGGCUAUGGGCAUCUCGACAUCCUGAAGCAACUGCUCGCCGUCAAACGGCGCAAGUUGGUCGGUGCCUUCAUCCGCGGACAUUCUUCGCCAGGGGUUCACCUCUUCAAAGGGGUCGAUAUCAAUGCGAAGGACUGCGGGGGGAGAACUGCGCUGAUGUAUGCUGUCGAGAGCGGGCAAGUCGAGGUUGUCCGAGAACUUCUCAAGGCAAAGGGCCUCCAAGUGAACCAAGCGGAUUCCGAUGGAAUGACGGCACUGAUGUAUGCAUCGCAGGAGGCGUACUCUGAAAUCGUCCAGCUACUGUUGGCUGUUGGAGGGAUUCAAGUCAACCAGGUAGAUUCAGAUGGGAUGACGGCCCUCAUGUACGCAUCGAAGGCCAGGCGUGGUGAUGCUGUCGUUACCCUACUCCUCCGCACAGAAGGGAUCAAGACCAACCAGGCAGAUCAUUAUGGAAGGACAGUGCUGAUGUUCGCAUCGGAGGGCGGGCGCGAGCCCGUCGUUGAGAUGUUACUUCGCGCCAAGGACGUCCCAGACAGCAACCAGGCAGAUGAAACUGGGUGCACGGCGGUGAUGAUGGCAGCGAUGGCGGGGAGCGAAAUCAUCUUCCACCUUUUAGUGGGAAGGGACGGAAUCCAGGACAUCAACCAGUCGGAUAACGAGGGUCGGACACUUUUGAUGCAUGCAGCGAGAGGAGGAAACGAGGUCAUCUUUCAGAUGCUGCUUCAAUGCGAGGGGGUACACGAUGUCAACAAGGCAGACAAUAGAGGUCAGACGGUGUUAAUGCAUGCGUCGGUUGGAGGGAACGAAGCGAUUGUCCAGCUUCUGCUUCAAACCAAGGGCAUUCACGACAUCAACCAGGUAGACAGCGAUGGGAAGACAUCGCUGAUACAUGCGGCAUUCCACGGGAACGAAGACGUCACGACGCGUUUACUCAGAAUUGAAGGCAUACAUCCCAAUCAUGCCGACAACGAUGGGAUGACUGCGCUCAUGUAUACGGCACUUCGGGGGAAGGAAGGGGUUGCCAAGGUUCUACUCCGAUUCGAUGGCAUCCAUGACCCAAAUCUUGCCAGCAACGAUGGAAAGACAGCGCUGAUGCAUUCGACAACCUGGCAUGCAGUGCUUGCAUUCCUGCUUCAGGUCGAGGGGAUCAAUGUUACUCAGGUGGACAAUGAAGGAAUGACAGCGCUCAUGCACGCGGCGGCGCAUGGGAGCGAAGCAAGUGUCCGGACUCUGCUUCAAGCGGGUGGAAUGGAUAGCCUCAACUUGACGGACAACGACGGCCGGACGGCACUAAUGCACGCCUCGCACUGGGGGAACGAGGAUGUGGUGCGCUUCCUACUCCAGCUCGAGGAAAUUCACCAUAUCAACAAGGCCGACCACUAUGGACAAACGGCAUUAAUUUUUGCAGCGGAAGGGUCAGGAGCAGAGGCUAUUCCACUUUUGCUUCGAGUGGAAGGUGUGGAAGUCAAUGCGACGGACAAUGAUGGACGGAAUGCGUUGAUGGCUGCGGCGGGUUCGGGCAACGAAGAUGCUAUCAGGCUCCUUCUUCAAGUCGAAGGGAUCCCGGUGAACCAAAGGGAUAAUGACGGAUGCACAGCGCUGAUGCUUGCAGCGGGAUCGAUGGAGUUGGAUGGAGAAUCGACGGCUGUGGUCCGACGUCUUCUGCGCGUGCCGGGGAUUCAGGUCGACCUCGUUGACAACGAAGGGUCACAGGCGCUUAUGUAUGCAUUAAAUGAAGGUAAUUUGGAUGCAGCCGAACUUAUACUCAAGGCGUUGCGCAUACCACUGCUCCCAACAGCACUUCGACUUUUGAUAUCUGCUUAUGGUCUGGUCGCCGACGACUCUGAUUCAGAUUAA